AUGAAUUAUAAUUAUUAUCGAACACAAUUCGACAAUUAGAAUGUGAUUCAUUCGAAUUCGUAGUCGGUUGGCAAGUUAAAGAAGGGAAUUGUCUUUCAAAAUUACCCUUUUAAUCCAGUAUAGAGUUAUAACUCCAAUAUGCAAGUGCGUCCAUUUACUUCUCAAACUCAGCCUAUCAAAAAGCCUUCAACGGCUCAAGUAAUUAAAAUGAAAUAGGAAAUAGUCUAUUCGUCAUGUUCCAAGAGCUGCUACUUCAUAAACUCAAAGACAACCAAAUAUGCUGUUUUCUGAGUAAUUAAAUAACACUGAAAUGGAGACCAAGCAAAGUAAACGAUAUAUGAAAAUAUACUUCCUUAAAAGUAAUGCCCCCUUAUAAUCACUUUAGCCAAUUAUCGUACUAUUCUUCAUAAUGUCAUGAAUAACAAGCUCAAAGCUUUACCACCAGGGGACAGAAGAAGACUGUCGGUUCUUAAUAUUGUGUAAGACAAAUUCAAAGAACUUACAAUUUAAGAAAUCAAUUUGCUUAUAUGUUAACAUGCAGUUUCUGAGAAGUUUUACAUUUAUUUUUCAGGUUCAUAUUAAUUUAUUAAAUCUAGAUUCUGAGUGGAUUCCUUGCAGCAAAUGUUGUUAAACUCCCAUAUAUUUAGUACUCACUCCAUAAGCUUAAAAAACCGAUAUAUUUUGUAGCUAAUGUUCUCGAAAUCUUACAAAUCCUCCAAGAUCUGCUGUCUAAAGCAAUACCGUUUUACCAAAAUACUCUUUUACUCAAUAUGGACAUUCGUUACAAGAAUAGAAGGAGAGAUAAAAGGUGAGUAGAAUGAUUAUUUCUGGAAAGUAUAGAAAGAUGAAUCUAAAAGAAGUUUAUAAUGAAGUGUAGGAACCAGUUUAACCGGAAGAGUCAUAUAAUUUAGAGUUUCCUGUAAAAGAAAAAUAAUAAGAAAGCACAAUUUUAGAAUUAAAAGACUUAAUUAAUGAAUUAUUCUGA